AUGGGGCUUGUGCUUAAUGAUGGUCCGUGGGCAUUCGAAGGGAGCACAUUAGUCUGCAAGCAAGUUGAACCGGGUGUCCUCCCUGGUGACAUCCUGUUGGACUCGCUUGAUAUGUGGAUCCAAGUUCACGACCUACCGUUCGGUUAUACUACAAUUCCGAUUCUAGAACAUGUGGGUAACUUCUUGGGGCAAUUUGUGAGGAUGGACGACAGAUUUCAGGAUGCACCUUGGCGUGCUUUCUAUCGGAUUCUCGUAGCCAUCCCAGUUGCGAAGCCGCUCAAACGCCGCAUGAAGCUGAUUAAAAGUGAUAAAUCUACCUGUUGGGUUACGUUCAAAUACGAACGGUUGCACACAUAUUACUUCUGUUGUUGUUUGCUCGGAUAUGCAUAUAAAUACUGUCUUAAGGCAAGGAACUUGGACAUGCCUGUGGAAUUGUACCCGUACGGUGAUCUCCGGAGUGCAUGGGGCAACCGUGAUCCUCGGCCGGUGGGUGAUCCUUGGAUUGUGCCUCUCGGGUAG